UGGCCGGCCCGGAGGAGCGCCYGCCGCCGCCGCGCGCAGAGCGAGGAAAUGUGGGACAUGUGGAUUUGGAAUAUUAAUUCAUUUGAAAAACUGCUUUGGGGGUGUGAAUGUGAUUUCUGAUGAAACUGGAUUGGAAUAAUUUUCAUGAUCUUUGUAUAUUUAUAUAUAUAUAUAUAUUUUAAAAUUUUGCAUUUGACUUAAAGUGCCAUGAGAAAAUUUGCAUAUUGCAAGGUGGUCCUAGCCACCUCCUUAAUUUGGGUACUGUUGGAUAUGUUCUUGCUGCUUUACUUCAGUGAAUGCAACAAAUGUGAUGAGAAAAAGGAAAGAGGACUUCCUGCUGGGGAUGUUCUAGAGCCAGUACAAAAACCUCAUGAAGGUCCUGGAGAAAUGGGGAAACCAGUUGUCAUUCCUAAAGAGGAUCAAGAAAAGAUGAAAGAGAUGUUUAAAAUCAAUCAGUUCAAUUUAAUGGCAAGUGAGAUGAUUGCACUCAACAGAUCUUUACCAGAUGUUAGAUUAGAAGGGUGUAAAACAAAGGUGUAUCCAGAUAAUCUUCCUACAACAAGUGUCGUGAUUGUUUUCCAUAAUGAGGCUUGGAGCACACUUCUGCGAACUGUCCAUAGUGUCAUUAAUCGCUCACCAAGACACAUGAUAGAAGAAAUUGUUCUAGUAGAUGAUGCCAGUGAAAGAGACUUUUUGAAAAGACCUCUAGAGAGUUAUGUGAAGAAACUCAAAGUGCCAGUUCAUGUAAUUCGAAUGGAACAGCGUUCUGGAUUGAUCAGAGCUAGAUUGAAAGGAGCUGCAGUGUCCAAAGGCCAGGUGAUCACCUUCUUAGAUGCUCAUUGUGAGUGCACAGUGGGAUGGCUGGAGCCUCUCUUAGCAAGGAUCAAACAUGACAGGAGAACAGUGGUAUGUCCUAUCAUUGAUGUGAUCAGUGAUGACACUUUUGAGUACAUGGCAGGCUCUGAUAUGACUUAUGGUGGAUUCAACUGGAAGCUUAAUUUUCGCUGGUAUCCUGUUCCCCAGAGAGAAAUGGACAGAAGGAAAGGUGAUAGGACUCUUCCUGUCAGAACACCUACAAUGGCAGGAGGCCUUUUUUCAAUAGACAGAGAUUACUUUCAGGAAAUUGGAACAUAUGAUGCUGGAAUGGAUAUUUGGGGAGGAGAAAACUUAGAAAUUUCCUUUAGGAUUUGGCAGUGUGGAGGAACUUUGGAAAUUGUCACUUGCUCACAUGUUGGACAUGUGUUUCGGAAGGCUACCCCAUACACAUUUCCAGGAGGCACAGGGCAAAUUAUCAAUAAAAAUAACAGACGACUUGCAGAAGUAUGGAUGGAUGAAUUCAAGAAUUUCUUCUAUAUAAUUUCUCCAGGUGUUACAAAGGUAGAUUAUGGGGAUAUAUCAUCAAGACUUGGUCUAAGACACAAACUACAAUGCAAACCUUUUUCUUGGUACCUAGAGAAUAUUUACCCUGAUUCUCAAAUUCCACGUCACUAUUUUUCAUUGGGAGAGAUACGAAAUGUGGAAACAAAUCAGUGUCUAGAUAACAUGGCUAGAAAAGAGAAUGAAAAAGUUGGAAUUUUUAAUUGUCAUGGUAUGGGAGGCAAUCAGGUUUUCUCUUAUACUGCCAAUAAAGAAAUUAGAACAGAUGACCUUUGCUUAGAUGUUUCCAAACUUAAUGGCCCAGUUACCAUGCUCAAGUGCCAUCACCUAAAAGGCAACCAGCUCUGGGAGUAUGACCCAGUGAAAUUAACCCUGCAGCAUGUGAACAGUAAUCAGUGCCUGGAUAAAGCCACGGAAGAGGACAGCCAGGUGCCCAGCAUUAGAGACUGCAGUGGAAGCCGGUCCCAGCAGUGGCUUCUUCGAAAUGUCACCCUUCCAGAAAUAUUCUGAGACCAAAUUUUUAAAAAAAGAAAAAAAUAAGGAUUGACUGGGCUACCUCAGCAUACGUUUCUGCCACAUUCUUAAGUAGCAAAAAAGGAAAAGUGCUUUCCUCCUCUGCGGGAUGUAAGAUUUAUCAGCCAUUAAAACUCAGACUCCUCUAGCUUUUCACUAGCUGCGAACCAGCCUUCCUGUCCAAGGACGUGAAACUGCAUAGUAGUGAGACUGUGCACACUGAUGUUUACAAGAUUGAAAGAGUCUUUCAUCAAGAAUCAUGGAAAAGAAUAUUCAGACAGUGAAACAGUCAACAAAAUGUGCUUUCUGGAGAGCUGCACCUUUUAUGGUUUGCUUGCACAUCAGUAAUUUCUGCUGAGUGUGCUGUCAAUGAAGAGAUUACCAAGAUUUUUUUCCUGAUUAGAACUGGUAGCCAGUAUAUUAAACAUUGACAUAAAAGCAAAUGAAAAAGAACUGAAACCAGAUACAGAAUCAUGAAAACAACAUUUUUACAUUAAAAAAAAACUAUAUUAAACAGGGUUUAAACAAAAUUAAAACAGAACUAUGAGAAGUACAAUUUGUUAUAGUAUAGUAUCAAAUUUCUAUAUAGAUUUUAUACCUCAGUGGGGAAAAAUAACUGAUUCCAAUGACGUUCAUUUUAUUUUCAUCUGUGAUAGUCAUGGAUGCUUUUAUUUUCCUUGGGGUGCUGAAAAUGAGCUGGGAGAAAAAGCUCUUUGAACAUAGUUUUAAUUUCUUUCUACAAUAUUUUUAUUUGAUUUGUGGGCUGUUGGAAUUGUGACUUUUAAUUGCCUUCUAAAAAAUGGAGAAUUAACAUGAUGCCUGGUCUCAACUGAACAAGUUAGAUAUCAGUUGUUCUUGGGUCAACUGGCUUACAGUCUCGGUCUUCUAUCUGUUUCUCUCCCUCCCUCCCUUUUCUCUCUCAUUCUCUCUCUCUCUCUCUCUCUCUCUCUCUGUCACACACACACACACACACACACACACACACACACACACAUUCUUCUUACCACAUUUUCACCUUCCUAACUUGAUUCAGCUGAUUAUGCUUAAUACCCAAGAUUCAUACUACUGUACUACAGAUUUGUUUUCACAGCAAUAAAUCUUCAGUUCUUUAUGAUUUCAUUUAACAAAAGGCUUUCAAGGAGUGGUUUAUAAUUUGGGUAUUUGGAGAUAAUAUAUUUGAUGGUUUUUUUGGAAAACCUUUUUCACUCCAUACUCAGAUGUGCUUCAUUGUCAAGUGCAUAUUUAGAUUAGAUUCUUGAAUUGUAAUGUUGAUCUGCUGCUUUUUUUUAAUAAAAUUUGACUGAAAAUGUUUAAUUAGCAGUUUUUAAUAAGUUAGCCAAAGAAGUGCAUAUUACUAGUCCUGCAUUUCUUUUUAAAUUCCAUUUAGGUUAAAUUGGUUUUAUUUUUCUCUGAUUUUUCAUACCACAAAAAUCACCUAUCAAUUAAAAGUUACUUUUUAAUUCUCCUAGAAAGAAAACCUCAUUGCAACAUUUUUUCCUGAUAUGUAAAACAAUUCAUUCACGAAAAUGCAUAUAUUUUCCUUCCUGUUUUUAAGAUUAUAUUUGAUGGUAUUCUUUUCUUUAGUUUUCAAAGACUCACUGCAGGCAGUGCUAUUUCUAGUGCCUAAGAAUUGUUUCUGAAAGUAACAUCAUUAAUGAUACUUGCCAAACAUGAAGUUUCUUAUAUCCAAUUCAAGUUCAUCAACAUCAAGCACAUGUGGAUGCUUUAGGGUGAGGCUGUGAUACAGAAUGCAUAAUCUGUCCCCAGGAAAUAUGAAAUGAUGCAGGUGCUGGAUGGAAU